AUGGCCGGCCCAUCACCACGCGGCGCAUCUGCGCAAGGCCUCGACGAGGAAACCCCGCUGCUCGGCCGAGUCGCAAAAAUCUCGGAGCGUCCCCAUCUUAGCAAACAUUUCAAACAGGACGUCAGCCGUGAUUGGGCAGAUGCCGUGCUGUUGUUUGGUUACAUCAUCACAGGACUGCUGGAUAGCUCAGCUGUGUUCAUCUGGGGCAGCUUUGUGAGCAUGCAAACGGGAAACACCAUAUAUCUCGGUCUGGGACUCGUCGCGCCCUCUGAGGGCAUCAGAUGGGUCAAAGCGCUCACUUCGAUCAUCUCGUUUUGUGUUGGCUCGUUCUUUUUUGCGCGUUUUCAUCGCCACUUCUCACCCAAGAAGCGCUGGGUGCUCGUUGCAUCGUACUCUGCGCAGCUGCUUCUGAUUGUCGCGGCUGCAGUCAUUGUCACUUUCGGCGAAGAUGUAAAGAACCAGCUGCACUGGCAAGCUCUCGUUCCCCUGGCCUCUGUUGCGUUUCAGUCGAGUGGCCAGGCUGUGACGUCACGCGCGCUGCAAUUUAAUGGUCUGACCAGCGUUGUCCUGACGAGCAACUACUGUGAUCUGUUCUCCGAUCCUAAGCUGUUCGCCUGGGAUAACGUCGAAAGAAACAGGAGGAUCGGCGCGCCUUUAUUGCUGCUCUUUGGCGGUUGUAUGGGAGGAUUAUGGGCUCACAGCAGUGUGGGUCUUGCGGGCGCGCUUUGGACUGCGGUAGGGUUGAAGAUGCUGAUCGUCAUCGCGUGGAUAUUCUGGACAGGCGAAAAGGACGAGGAAUGA